AUGGAAGGAUCCCGGGUAACGGCAUGUGAUUUGUGUCGACUGCGAAAGACUCGGUGUAAUAGACCGAGCCCAUGUUCUCAUUGCCGCCAGCUGGGGCAAGAAUGUACUUUCACCGGGGCUGGACAAAAGCCCAAAGAGCCUGGACAAAGGAUACAAAUCUCCAGACGAUAUGAACGAAAGAUCGACCAGGUUGAGAACCGUUUAGAGGCUAUGGAAGCCUUACUUGCUGAGAUCAGAUCCUCAAUAUCUCGGCCUCCUCAACAACGUAGCCUUUCCUUGUCUGCUACCCCUGUCCCCGCUUCGAGUGAAGCUCCCCGCACCAUAGGCCACCAAGAGGAUAUGCUCUUGGCAGUUGAUGGGCCAUCCUCGCUCAUGGCCCAAAUUGCCAUGGCCAAGCAUCUUGCGGAGAACACGAUUCGACCCGGCCAUUCGGGCCCAUCAGACUCACGCAUGUCGGAAGCCAUUAGGUCCUUGGGCCAAGUUGUGGAUUCUAACGCUUCACAAGCUCCUCCCGAAACGCCGGCAAGCUCCAGGGAGAUACCAUUACCACUCGUAGGUGCCAUCAGAGAGGGCCUGAGAAUUCUCCAAGAUAAGUCGCAUGCAAGUUUCCCUAUUCUACGCGGCUUGAUGAGCGUAGAUUCCUUCAGCAAGCUCUGUCGAGAUGUUGUUUUCAGUGUAGACGGCUAUUGCGAGAGCGAUUUUACCGUUAUCGUUGGUGGUCUGUACUAUUUGUUCAAUGACUGCGUUCUCAAUGCGGACAAUGCAAGUCAAACAGAACAAUAUCUCUACAAUAUGAGACUUUGCAGAGAGGCUCUCUAUUCCUCUCUAGUCACAGCGAGCGCCCUGUUACCUGCAUGCAUGCAGAGUGUGCGAGCUCUCGUUCUGGGUUCAAGCCAUGCUAUAGAGACAUCUAAACCCUGGGUUGCAUGGCGACUGAUUGGCUUUGCCGCGCAUCUCUGUCUUGCUCUGGGCUACCAUGACGGCUCUUCUAUGCUCAGAGACGAUGAAGAGACCAAGAAGAGCAAGAUUCACCUGUUUUGGCUUGUCUACGCCGCCGAAAAAGGCCUUGCCUUGCGUCUUGGCAGGCCGUCCAUCAUUCGAGAUGGAGACAUCACUGUCACUGACGAUCUGCAUGUUCUUUCCUUUCCGGACCUGUGGCCCGAGAUACUUGAUUUCUGGGUUGAGAAUGCAAGAAUCCAGGGCCAGAUAUACGGGCUUCUUUAUAGCGAUGCGGCGGUCUCCGAUCCGCAGAACGAUAUAUCAGUCUCGGCGGAACUACUCCUCGAUAAGAUGAAGGCCAUUGGAUCUCGUACACCAUAUUUGUUUGGAGCACGAAGUUCAACGCCCGGAAGACCGCGCAUGGAAGAGAUGCUGGCAUUAUCUGACCGAGUAGCCUAUUUUACUACUAUAACACUCAUCUGCCGAGCGAAAACCGCAAGGUCACCGUCCUUUGACAUCACUCCGGAGUGUCUGACUUACGCCAGGGCUGCGUUGGAAGCCCAUGAGCAGUGCUGUCAGAUGACACAAGAUCACCAAAGUCUCAAAUCCAUGUACCUCAAUUGGAGGAUCCUCAAUAUGCCAUUCUCGCCUUUCGUCGUCUUAUUCAGCAGCAUUCUUCAUACGCUCGAUCAAGAGGACCUUGCUCGGCUUCAGAUGUUUGCCGCGUCCUUGGAAGGGUUGACUAGCCUAUCAUCUUUGGCUCAAAGCUUAUAUCGAGUUUCCCGAGCGCUGUAUGACCUCGCAUCUCUACAUGUGGAGGGUGAGAUAGAUCCUAGCUCUCUGCCAGAGUCUUGGACAUCCAUCAGUGAGAUGAUGGGGUUCCCCGGAUCCGUUUCUACUCCUCCGCUAGCGGAACAGGGUAGACUAGCCGAGAUAUCUGGAUUAGAGGCUCCUAUAGGUUCUGGAUUGGACGAAUGGGUGUUCGGGUCUACAGAUUUUCUAGGGUUAAUGUAA